AUGGAGGUGGGCGACGGCCUCGUGGAGCAGCCGUCGUCGUCGCCCCCGCCCCCGGGUCCAAACCCGACCCCGGCGACGACGUCCCAACACCCCACGGUUGGGCCAGAGCCCACCUGGACCGUGGACGAGGCCAUCGACGAGAUCGGCUUCGGGCCCUUCCAGCUCGUGAUGCUCUGCGUCACCGGGCUGGCGUGGAUGGGCGACGCGAUGGAGAUGAUGCUGCUCUCAUUCCUCGGCCCGGCGGCGCGAUGCGAGUGGGGGAUAUCGCCGAGGCAGGAGGGCAUGCUCACCAGCGUCGUGUUCGUCGGGAUGCUCUUCGGCGCACCCACGUGGGGCCAGAUCGCCGACUGGAAGGGACGAAAACUCGCGUUCUUCUGCACCACGCUGUGGAUCUUCGUGGCCGGGCUGGCGUCAUCCUUCGCGGGCUCCUUCGAUGAGCUGUGCGCGUGGCGCGCCAUCGUCGGCUUCGGCCUCGGCGGCGUCCCCGUCGCGUUCAGCGUCUUCAUGGAGUUUUUGCCGUCGGGCAACCGAGGGGUGUGGCUCACGAUAAUCGAGACCUUCUGGACGCUCGGCAGCGUCGCCGCCGCGGGGCUCGCGUGGGCGGUGCUCCCGCACCACAGCUGGAGGCUUCUGCUGCAGCUGUCCACGGCACCGCUCGCGCUGUUGCUUUUACUCAUCCCCUUCGUCUCGGAGUCGCCGUAUCACUCCGCCGCCGUCGGCGAUUACGCGACUGCGAAGGCGACGCUGACACGGAUGGCAAAGGCCAACGCGCCCCGAAACCAACCCGUGGCGCUGCCCAAGGGCACGCUCGUGAGCCCGCUGGUGUUUCAGUCGUCCGUCGCGAGGGACGAGGGCGCCGGGAGGAUAGCGACGCUGCUCGAGAGAGGGCAGCGAAAGCAGACGCUCAUGCUCUGGUUCAUAUUCUUCGCCGUCGCCUUUUCGUACUACGGCGUCGUGUUACUCACGACGGAGGUUCACGUCGACUCCAACGCCGCGCGCGGGGACGGGAGGAAAGGCGGCACGAGGGGCGGCGACGACGCGGUGGCGUGCACGGGGCACGGCUCACCCGACUUAAAUUACGGCGCGUACCGGGACAUAUUCGUCUCGUCCACCGCGGAACUCCCGGGGUUGGUGCUCGCGGCGCUGUCCGUGGAUUUGAUCGGGCGACGAAACUCGUUGAGCUCGUCCAUGGCGCUCAACGUGGUGCCGCUCUUGGCGCUGUUGGGGUACGCGACGUUUCCGAUUUGGCUCGAGACGCUCGCGCUGUUUCUGUCCAGGGCGGCUAGCAUGUGGGCGUUCACGGUGCUGUACAUCUACGCCCCGGAGACGGUCAACACGUCGGUGAGGGCGACGGCGAUGGGGAUGGGUAACGCGGUGGCCAGGCUGGGCGGGAUGCUGUGCCCGCUGUUCGCGGUGGAGAUGGUGGAGUCGGGGCGGAUGACGGGCGCCAUCGCGUUUUUCGCCGCGCUCGCGUGCGUCACCUCGACGGUGGCGUUCUUUUUGCCCAUCGAGACGGCGGGGAAGAGGCUGGACCAGGUGGACGAGACGGGUGAGGAGAGACACGGGGACGUGGAGCUGACGUACGGCGCGACGGAGCCGACGAAUAAGAAGUAG